CUUGUCAUCGACUUUCUUUUCGACUGCAGUCAUGAAUAAGAAUAUAAGUGAAUGCAUGCAAGUCGCGAAUCAACACGAACACUUUUCCCAGUCAGUCUUUGGUGCCAUGAUCCAAUCGGUCGUAGAGGAGGUAGAGGACAAGUAGUGGUAUACCUCAAAGUCAAAGCGCUUGCGUAGGCGACGCGUCCUAUUCAUGUGACUUUCGGGACAGUCUCCGACCGUAGUUCGGAUGCCGGCCGUUCAUCAUACCUUGCAACGGAACCCCAUUAUCAGCCCUAAUACUUAAACGACAAUGGCAGGCGCUCUUCAAAACGCCAAACGACAAUUAAUCAAGAUAUCCGAUGAGGACAGAGAAAGUAGAUUCGGCCAGGUCUUUGGCGUUUCUGGACCUGUAGUUGUUGCCGAAAAUAUGAUCGGGGCUGCUAUGUAUGAGCUUGUACGAGUUGGACAUGACGAGCUGGUUGGAGAGGUUAUUCGUAUCGAAUCUGACAAAGCAACUAUUCAGGUCUACGAGGAAACUUCUGGUGUAACAGUUGGUGACCCUGUUCUCAGAACUGGAAAGCCUCUUAGUGUCGAGCUUGGGCCAGGCUUGAUGGGUAAUAUCGUCGAUGGUAUUCAACGACCUCUACGAUCCAUCCAAGAACUCUCUAAAUCUAUCUACAUUCCCCGCGGUAUCAAUACCGAUGCUCUUGAUCGAUCGUUACAAUGGGACUUCAAGCCAGCAUCGUUUUCUGUUGGCGACCAUAUUUCAGGCGGUGACAUCUUCGGAAGUGUCUAUGAAAACUCGCUUGUAGACAACCACAAGGUCAUGCUUCCCCCUCGGGCUCUCGGUACCAUAACACACAUAGCCGAGAAAGGUAGCUACGCCGUGGAUGAUAUCGUUCUAGAAACUGAGUUCGAGGGUAAAACCACAAAACACACCAUGAUGCAACUUUGGCCUGUCCGUGCCCCUCGACCGGUUAAAGAGAAACAAACUGCGGAUCAUCCUUUACUGACUGGUCAGCGUAUCUUGGACGCUCUCUUUCCCUGUGUUCAAGGAGGGACUACAGCUAUUCCUGGAGCAUUCGGCUGUGGCAAGACAGUCAUCUCUCAGGCCCUUUCCAAAUUCUCCAAUAGUGAUAUCAUCGUUUAUGUCGGAUGUGGUGAACGUGGUAAUGAAAUGGCUGAAGUAUUAAUGGAGUUCCCUGAACUCACAAUGGAAGUAGGAGAUCGUGAAGAACCUAUCAUGAAACGUACCACAUUGGUCGCAAAUACUUCGAACAUGCCCGUGGCUGCUCGCGAAGCCUCUAUCUACACUGGCAUUACUCUUUCCGAGUACUUCCGUGAUCAAGGGACCAACGUCGCAAUGAUGGCUGACUCAACUUCACGUUGGGCCGAAGCUCUUCGCGAAAUAUCUGGUCGUUUGGCCGAAAUGCCUGCUGAUUCCGGUUAUCCUGCCUACCUUGGUACCAAAUUGGCCAGCUUCUAUGAGCGUGCUGGUAAGGUAGUGUGUCUGGGUAACCCCCAGAGACAGGGUACUGUUUCCAUUGUCGGCGCCGUGUCGCCUCCUGGUGGGGAUUUCUCCGAUCCCGUUACCUCAGCUACACUUGGAAUCGUUCAAGUCUUCUGGGGUCUCGACAAGAAGCUCGCUCAGAGAAAACACUUUCCCUCUGUGAAUUGGUCAGUGUCCUACUCCAAGUACACCAAAAUUCUUGAACCGUACUAUGAGACCACGGAACCUGGAUUUGUUGAAUUGCGCACUAAAGUGAAGGAGAUCCUGCAAAAGGAGGAGGAUUUGGCCGAAAUCGUACAGUUGGUCGGAAAGAGUGCUUUGGGCGAAAACGACAAGAUCACCCUUGAGGUUGCUCGUAUGUUGAAGGAUGAUUUCCUUCAGCAAAAUGGUAUGAGCGAAUAUGACAGAUUUUGCCCCUUCUACAAGACCAGUGGCAUGAUAAGAAAUUUUGUCGGUUUCCAUGAUGCUGCACUGAAGUUGGUUAGUCAGAGCGACAUGACUUUCAACAAGAUCAAAGAUUCGGCGUCUGAUCUCAUGUUCAAGCUCUCCCAAAUGAAAUUUGAGUCCCCCUCGCAAGGAAAGGAUAACGUCAAACAGAAGCUAGAUGACCUCCACUCAGAAAUUCAGGAUAAAUUUCGACAAUUGGCUGAGUAGAUGUGUCAGUAAUGCCUAUAUACAUAUAUUACGCCGUGGACUCCUAAUUUUACGAUUUCUCUCUCUGUGGCUGGGUACUCUUUAACCUGUGUAAUAGUUGUCGUUUACCAGCCCAGUACUGCGCUCUACUACGGCGCAGAUAUCUCCUGACAUCAACUUUAUAAGACAUGAGAGCUUCGAAUUCCUAAUAAAUGAAAGCCUCAGUUCAUAUAAAAUAUCGGC